ACCAUACAUGGCUCUCAGACUUUGGGAGUUUGGUUCCUUAUAUACACUCGGAUCCUAGCUGUAGUUGAGUUUUCAUCGAAAUAUUGUGAUAUUCGAUUGUGGAUUAAGGAUUUUUGGUCUGGAAUUGAUAUGAAUUGAAAUAAUUGGAGGGCCGUUCAGGCUCAGGCUCCGGGAGGCGGUGAAGGUAGCGAAACGGCUGCCAGAGCUAUGGAUUCCGGUGAUUGGCGGACUCAACUUUUGCCUGAUUUGCGUCAAAGGAUUGGCAACAUGAUAAUGGAGACCUUAAAGAGACAUGUUUCUGUCUCUGGGCAAGAAAGAGUACAGGAGCUUAAGGAAAUUGCAGUGACGUUUGAAGAAAAGAUAUAUCCUACUGCUACAAGUCAGCAAGAUUAUCUUCAAAAGAUAUCUUCAAAGAUGUUGAUCGUGGAGACAAGAAGAUCUCAAAAUCUUAUUCAGCCAAAUCCUGCAAGUAGUCGUCAGAAUGCCCUUGGUCAAGGAUCGCACAACAUGCAAUCCCAAGUCAACAGCCAAGCACAGCAACUUCCUGUACCUACAGUGGCCAAUCAAACUCAAACACGACAACCACUGUUGCAGCAAAACCUUCAGAACAACAUGGCAUCAACUGGGCUGCAAAAUUCUGCUAGCUUGGCUCCUGCACUUCCUUCUAGACAAAACCUACCUGCUGUGGAUGAAAGCAAGAAUGUUGCAAAUGUGCCUGAAAUUUUCAAUGAAGCUAGUCCCAAUAAAUGAGAUAAGUGUAGAAUUUUAAGUGAAGUAAUUUACAAGUACAUUUUUGCUCUUGUUCUUUCUUUAUAGAUCUGUUCUUUCAAAUGGCUUCAACUGAAAGAGAGAACAAGAACUUGGCAACCAUGGCAAGCUCUUGUCCAUGGACUUUAGAUACUGGAUUAAGUCCCAAAUGUGAGAAAUGAAAAGGAUAAAAUAGUGUAAGCCGGGGAAUGGGUGUUAAACUUAUCUUCCACUUUUCCACUAUCUUCUACCAUUAGCUGACAAUAGCUUUUUCUCUUUAUUUUGUUGGUCUCGUGCUUAUUCCAGCUGUACGUCUGGGAUUAAAGGACAUAGACAUCAUAGAACUAAAACGAAUAAUAUGGGAAAAGAUAUUCGAAGAAGAAGAGGGAAGAAUUUGCUAUAGAAGAAAAAACUUACGAAAAUCCUGAAGGAUUAAAAAUAAAAAUAAUAUUUUCAAAUCUAGGAAGAAGAUACAAGAAGAUAGGGGAAAACUUAUAUCUAA